AUGAAACAUUUAACUGAACACUUUAAAAUUAUCAAUGAUCGACUUCCUAUAUGCGUUAACCAACUAAAUGAGUUAUUAGUCGAAUUAAAUCAAAUAUCUUCUUCAACAGUUGUGAAAAAAACAUAUGACCAUUUAGAUAAAUGGCGACAACAAAGUCAUCAAACAAUUGAUGAUAUAUAUGAACAAAAACGAAAUGAAAUUGAUCAGAUCUUAAGUCGAAAUUAUGAUAAAUAUAAAAACGAUCAAUUAAAUAAUAUUGAUAAAACAAAAUCAUAUACUGAAAACUUAAUAAAUAAACAAAAUGCUACACAUUAUCAAAUGGAAGAAUUCAAUAAAACCCUUGAAAUAACGCAAUCAACAUUUAAUAAAUUUAAACAAAAUUUCGUUUUAAUUAAUACAAUACCAUUAAAUAUUAAUGCUAAUGUUGUCGAUUUACAAUUACUAUCGAAAAUAGCAGAUAUAUACAGUUUAAAAACACCUGAAAAAAUUCUAAAACUAAAUGAUAAAUGGUUUUCAUCGUUUGCAUCUCAUAAUGACUAUUUACUGUUGUAUCAAAACUCAAAAUUCUGUUUAUACAAUAAUAUGUUAACAAUAGUUAACGAAAUCGAAUGGAAUAAUGAUCUAAUCGUAGACAUGUGUUGGUCAUCAACACUUGACAAAUAUGUGAUAUUAACAGAAAAAUUUUUGUUCACACUAGAUGAAACAUCUAUGACAUUAAUCGAGAGAUUAAAAACAGAUAAAACUUUUCUCUCUUGUACUUGUUCUCAUGAAAAAUUAUUUGUUAUAUCUCAAAACUGUCCUUCUACUAUUGAAGAAUACGAAUUACAAUCAUUUAUUUUAAUAAGAGAAUGGAAAUCACAACAAAUUUUUGCAAUUCAUGAGUUAAUUUAUUCUAUUCGAUGUGACAAUGAUCAUUUUUGUUUAUUAAUUAAAAACAAACUAACAGGAAAAGUUCAUAUUGAACUCCGAACUACAGCGACAAUGAAUACAGUUUGGUCCGUUAUAGUACCUAUUCCAUUUUCAAAUUCUAUUUCACGCUUAUGUUUAUUAUCGUUCAAUGAAUGGCUUAUCAUUGAUGAACAAAGCAAUCAUCUCAUUCAAAUUUCAUCGGAUGGGAAAUUAAAAUCAAAAGUACAUUUUAACUUUAAACCAUGUAACGCUGUUCGGUUUGACUAUAAUUCAACUAUCGUUAUCGUGGAUAAUGCCGGACAGUUAUAUUUAUAUUAA